AUGGAAGCCGCCAUACGCUGGUCUCCCCUCUCGACCCCUGAUGAAUCUCGCUUUCUACUCGCCGAUGUCGCCGGCAAUGCCCUCACCCUCUAUGAAUCGCAAUCCUUGAAUAGACAUGACUUCCAGUACAAGCCCAUAGCUCGUCGUGAGAAAGUCAACAACUUCACCGCUUUUGACUGGUCGCGGACGGAUGAUUCGCUCGUAGCUUUGGGUCUAUCAUCUGGCAAUGCCGAGCUGCAUAGAUUUGACCAUUCUGCUUCGUCCGACCCUGUCGCCCUCUUCAACAUAAAGACCCAACGAAGAUGCAACACCAUUGCUUUCAACACCCAGAAUCUCCUUGCUGUUGGCCUGGAUCGAGUCAGACAUGACAAUUGUUUGACUGUCUACGACAUUGAAUCCAACGAAGCAUAUUCAAGAUUAUGUGUUUCCGAAGCUGUCACCAGUCUCCGCUUCUUUCCCAAUCAUCCGCAACAGAUGCUGGCUGCCGUUUCGCGUCAGACCAUCCGUCUGUAUGAUUUGAGAGAUUCAUCAACAACCACUGCAGGCUUGGGCAACUGCGGUAUCACGAAGUUGGUCAACAACAUCGCGAUCGAUCCUUUGGACGAAAAUUAUUUUGCUUCGGGUGGCUCUACAGGCGACCCAUCCGUGACUGUUUGGGACAAACGAUAUCUAUCUCGCUCAAACAACGCAACAGCUGCCGAUGCUACUAAUAAUGGCGCAGUCCUCGAUCUUCGUCCAGCGACUGACAACAGCCAAACUACUAGCGUCUGGAGUAUCAGAUACUCUGGCCAGAAAAGAGGACGCUUCUGUGUUCUAUCCAGUGCCGGAGAAGUCAAGCUAUACGACACAGCGCAGCACAAAGUGCAUUCGAAGUUGCGAUCAGCGUCGGUAAACUACUACGGAGGCAAUCCCUGGACACAUCCCCACUAUGUCUCACGUACACACAGUCUACGAGAACCAGAGACUGGCACCCGCAAGGAUAGAACAUCAAACAGAGUCGUUGCUUUUGACUGGAUCUCCAUGGAUGACCAGGGCCGUCAAGCCAUUCUGGCGUUGCAUCCAAAUCGUUAUGUCGAUCUCAUCUACACACCGAGUCCGAGCCAUGUCGAUAUCAAUGGGCGAGGUGACCUGUCUGUCUGCAACAAAGCUUUAUCAAUAUACGAACCGAAGGAUCACCAUGCUUCCUCACUGAAUGGAUCAAGCAAAGCCGUUGCCGUUAGGACGGAAGAAUGGUUGGAUGGCAAUAUGAGCAAGGCACCUUCGAUGUUACGCAAUGAGAGAGUCGUCGAUUUGUUGGCUCUUUCCAACGUAUCACGGAGACGCUGUCAAGAAGGCUACCUCUUCGAUCCAAGAAGAAACACUGAGAUCGUUGCUGAAGACUCAGCGUUGAUCAAGCUAUGGGGCACCAUCAAGAGAUUUGAAGACUUGGCUCACGACGGCGGCAUGGCAUCGGAUACCCUCGACAUGAGCUAUCUCGGUGUAAGCAAUGUAUGGGAAGGGAAGUUAGGCAAUGGUCCUAACAGAGUAACGACUGCUCACAAUGAGUUGCCGGAGCGAUUCGAAGACGUAGUGCGCGAUAUACUUGAACGUCACGGUCUUCCCGAAUUUGUAGGAGCACGAACCGAGAAACCAGACCAACGACAGCUGUGCCUAGCUUUGUGCGGAUGGCAGUUUUCGCACGAGCACACUAAGGAACGAUGCGAUUAUCUCGUCAAAAAGCAGCGGUACUACGAAGCCGUGGCGACUGCGAUGUUCAGGGGACGUAGAUCGAUCGCUUUGGAGAUUCUACGUGAUCUCAUUCGCGAGCGGACCAUCGAAAACAUCGGAUUAGGAGCCCUGAUAGCAUCAGACUCGUUGAACGAAGAGCAGCGUGAGAUGUGCGGUUGGAUGGAAGAAGACGCAACAGACCCGUACCUCCGCUGUCUGCUCAUCUACCUGGCCAGUGACGAUUGGCUGAACGUAGUCAAUAAACUCGACGCAGACAUCAAACUCUCAGACCGUCUGGGUAUUGCCAUCAAACACCUUGGCGACAGUCAGAUCUCAACAUUCAUAUCCCAAACCAGCACCUCGUUGAUCAGCGCGGGGAACGUAGAAGGCGUACUGCUCACAGGACUGGCAGAGAAAUCAAUGGAACUCUUCCAAAGCUACAUACGCCGCAGCUCCGAUCUCCAGACUGCCGUCCUGGCUACCUCGUUUACAAACCCUCUGUACGUCGAUGACCCUCGCUGGGAAAUGUGGAAGGAAACGUAUUUUCUACAAAUGCAGUCCUGGCGAGCCUUUAUCGAACGCACCAAAUUCAGCAUGCAGCACACCCGUCGAGCCAUGACUCGCAAAGGCAAGAAACUCAUCGAGCCGCCACCAAGACAACUAGCACUGCGCUGUGCACACUGCCAGCACUCGCUAGCCAAGGAAGAACAUACAACUCACACGCACGGAAGCAGUACACCAGCCAACAAGGGAGCAGCUCAACCAUCGCGUAUUGCAGGACCAGCUGCGAGUGCGGGUACAGUGUGUCCGCGCUGCGGUCGCCAUCUGCCUCGCUGUUGUCUGUGUAUGCAAUGGCUGGGUACCCCUGAGCCCAUGCGUGCAAAGGAAGUCCAGAGCGGAGAAAAGGAAACGGAUGUGCUGAGCAAAUUCAUCACUUUCUGUGCUAGCUGUACGCAUGGAUUCCAUGCUCAUCACGCCAGGACUUGGUUCGCCAGACACGCCAUGUGUCCUGUUCCUGACUGUCGAUGUCUGUGUGGGUUGAAGUGA